AUGAACGGCCAUACGACACCUUCGACAUCUAGUGCCAUCCCGGAGGAAGUCGAGAUCCUUCCACAGGGGACUGUAUUGAUUGCAGGAGGCGGACCCGUCGGCCUCACUCUUGCGACGGUGCUGGCAUUCUAUGGCGUGAGGAGCGUCGUCUUGGAGAGAAAUGCAACCACUACAAGAUGGCCCAAAAUGGACUUGACCAACGUCCGGUCGAUGGAGCUAUUUCGAAAGCUCGGGUUGGCUGAUGAGCUCCGGAAGCAGGGUGUCCCUACUCACUUGCCGUACCGCGUUCUCAUGUCGACCGGGCUCGGGGCUCCCAAACCAGUCACUGUCUGGGAACAUCUGGGAGUCGACAGAUAUCGCGCAAAGAUCGCCGAGAAUAACGAUGGUACCAUGCCACUGGAACCAUGGCAGAGGCUGUCCCAAGCAGUGUUCGAAAAAUGGCUCAAGGGCAUCUGCGACCGAAACCCUUUGAUCGACCUACGAUUUGGCUGCAAGUUGGAAGAAGUAUCAGAGGUCCAGGAUGGCGUGCGUGUAACGGUCACCGAUCUUCACAGCGACACCCGACACCAGAUUCUGUCUAAGUACCUUAUUGGCUGCGAUGGAGGGUCCAGUCGAGUGCGACGCAGCUUGGAAAUACCUUUGGAUGGUGGUCCCAUGCCCGUCUAUGUUCUUCUCGUUCACUUCAAGUCUCGAGACCUUACACGCCUCCAUAAACAUGGACGCUUCUGGCAUAUCUUCGUUCUCGGUCCCGAGGGGUUGGCUUCGACCUGCAUUGCCCAGAACGAGAAGGACGUGUUCACAACACAUCUGCUGUUGCCUAUAGGAGAGGAUUCGGAUAAGAUAACCUCUGAGGACGCGGUAUAUCGUGCUCUAGGAGGCAUCCACGGCCCAUACCCGAUCAAGAUCGACGAAGUCCUGGUUCGCUCGACCUAUCGGCCGAACAUUGCAAUUGCACGUCGAUAUAGCGGAGCCAGUGGACACGUAUACCUUGCUGGCGAUGCUGCCCAUCAGAAUAUUCCCACAGGAGGCUAUGGAAUGAAUAUGGGCAUUGCCGAUGCAUUCGAACUUGGUUGGAAGCUGGCGGCUACCGUCAAUGGAUACUCCGAGCCAUCUAUCCUACAGACCUACGAGCAAGAACGCAGGCCGACUGCACUAGUUAGCAUCGAGCGAUCCGGGGUGCAUAUGCGAGUGCAUAUGGAGGCCAACAAGCUGCUCGGCGGACGGAUUGGAGAACUCGACGCAAACACCGAAGCUGGGGACAAACUCCGACGGAGUCUGCACGACUAUUAUGAGGCCAAUGACGGCGAGAAUACGGACCAUGGUAUUGAGAUGGGCUACCGUUACAAGUCGAAUAUCAUUGUGCCGGAUGGCACCAAAGAACCUCUCUGGCAGCCGGGCGACUAUGUUGCGACAACCUUCCCCGGAAGCAGAGCUCCCCAUGUUUUCCUACGCGACGGGAGAUCAAUCAUCGAUUCUUUUGGGCCAUAUUAUACGUUGAUCGAGUUUCAAGAUGGCUCAGAGCGAGGAUCGACCCUGCUUCUCGACGCAGCGUGGAAGCACCGCGUGCCCGUCAAGUAUUUGCCUCUGGCCGAAGAAACGCAUGCACAUGCAAUUUACGAAUGUCACUUGGUGCUGGUUCGGCCAGACGGGCAUGUGGCAUGGAGGGCAGACACGGUCAACGAACAGACGGAAGCCAUGCGCGUUCUCGGUCUCAUCUCUGGCCGCACGGUUCCGGAAUCUGAGAGCCAAGAGUCCAAGGAAGUGCACCUCACCAUGGACCCAUCAAAGGUUGGCGAUGGCGCCUUUGCAUUCACGUCAACCUUGACAACCGAAUCACAGACCGCCAAGUUCGAACUAGACAAGAUGGGCGAGUUCCAGACAUGA